UUGUGAUGAGGCUGAGGCUAGGGGGGCUGUGGGUGGAGGAGAGGAGCCUGCUAGCGGUACUAUCAGAGGAAGGGGAGGAGUUGCUACAGCUGAGAUUGGGACCUGGACUCCUCACCUUCAUCAGUACCUGGAGCCGCCAUUACGAGUUCCCAGCAGGCCUCCUGUGGGAUGGCGAGUGGCACUGGCUGGCCCUGUCUGUCUCGCUGUCCAGACUGGAGGUGUAUGCUGACUGCAGCCUGCUGGAGAGUGUACCCUGGAGGAACUACCCCGGCCUGGAGGUCUCCACCCAGGGUCUCAUUCUGCUGGGAGGGGCCACCCAGCCCCACCACACACCCUUUACCGGCACCAUACAACAGAUGACCUUCAUAAUGGGUGAUCCUACAGCAGCCAGACAGCACUGUCAAGACUACAACUCCACCUGCAUCCCUCAAACAGACAAACAGGAGAAAGUGAUUUUAGCUGCUGAGAAGGUGCUUGGUCGAGUUGCGACCAGGGCAACAUUCAGAGAAGAGUCUCAUGGACCCAGGCUGAGAGAUCAGACUGCAGAGCAGGACACAGCCAAGAACUCUAACCUAUCAGCACAGUCAUUGCCAUCUGUAAGAGCUCAGUCAGUGCCAGAGACACAGAGAAAGACAAGGAUAACACCUGAAACAGACAAAUUAAAGCUCACUCAGAAGAUAGGAUGGCUGAAUGAAACUUCCACACUGCAGGAUGAUAAAGCAGCAAAGAUCACUAGAAACAGAACAGUAUAUUCACAAACCGCUGGAUCUCUUCAUCAGCCAAACCAAACCAAUACAGCCAGAGAUGUCUCUGGCAUGAAAGGUGUAGUAGUACCAUCUCAGACAGUGGAGACAGCCGUUCUCAGUCCCACUGCAUGGUCAGAAAACCCCACUGAACCAGCCCUGCUGAUCCAGGAGUCAGACAGUGAUGGAGAAUCAAUAGGCUCAGGGAGAAAUACAUCAGUGAGGUUAGAUGAUUUACAGAUCCCACCUGAACCCAAACAGGGCUUUGGGCCUACAAGACAAACAUGGUCCUUAGAACACACCAUAAAACCCAAUCUUUUGGAAUUCAAGAAAAUAGAUGCGGAGGAGCUACUGAGGCAGGCUGUGAUUCCUCUGCCUCCAGUGCUACCUCCAAAUAAUAGCACUGUCACAGGGAGAAAGACAGCACUAGAGGCAGAGGAGCCUCUGGGACAAUCUCCAACACAUCAAAACACCACUGAUAUCACUUCCACAUCAACAGGUGACAAAGCUUCAAAGAGACAAAGGGGCCAAAAGACUGUGACAAAGACUUUGACAGAUUCUGGACAAGUCAUAGAGAAGGGGGAUAAAGUUUUAUCCCAGGAGCCACCCACAGAGGAUCUAGAGACAGACACAGAAACAAAGACAGAGUUCGAGUCAGCAGAAGAGAUGGACACAGAAAUGGAAGAAGUUGAUGAGGACAAUGAUAAGGAAUCAGAGACAGAGGAAACAGAUGUAGGCGACAGCAGGUUGGCACACGACAUCACUCAAGUCAACACAAGGCAGUUUAAAAAUAAUGGGGGAGCCGUCAAAACUGAUGUUCUAACUGAGCUCAUGUCCCCGGAGCCGAGAGGAUUAGAGCGGGAACUGCCGCCUUCCCCUCUGCCUCCUGCCAGUGUGCCAGGUAAAGUACACAGCAUAUGUCCUUUGACACAGUACCCUCACAGCAUGCACCCCUCAGACUCUCUGUGGCCCGAGUUUUACUUCUGUUUCCUCAGAGACACUGAGCAGAGAGGUCAAAGGUUCAUCGCCAUGACAGUAGGGGCAAGGACUCAACCUUUGACACAGGGUCUGUCUCUGAAAGCUCAGAGGAUGCUGUACGAGUCCAGGAUGAACACCCUGUCCGUUCCUGUCGUUUCAGCCAAUCACCAACCAAGACACGCACUCAAAGAGCGAGGGACAGCCUAUAGACCGGAGCUUCGAGUGCAACAGGGACUUCAGGGCCCACCUGGUUUGACAGGGCCACCUGGACCAAAAGGGGAUAAAGGCUACGCUGGCGGGAUGGGCCGGACUGGACGCACAGGUUACCGAGGCCCCAUUGGUCCACCAGGGAUGCCCGCCAUCGUAGUGUUCAAGAGCUCUGAGGAAGAGUGGGAGGCCUUCAAGAAAAAGACAUUCUACAAAAAGCUUGUUGCAACUUGGCCGAGAUUGAAGGGCCCUCCAGGGCCCCUUGGCCCCCCUGGGGAUGCUGGACCUCCUGGACCCCCGGGAAUUACUGGAAAACAAGGACGAAAAGGAGAUGGAGGAAAAAUCGGUGGUCCUGGACCACCAGGGAUGCCCGGGCCUCCAGGAAGAACUGGGAGUGAUGGGUUUGAUGGUAUAAAUUCUGAUGAUGGCCCUGCAGGACCACCUGGGGAACAGGGUCUCCAGGGUUACAGAGGAGAGAAGGGCAGCAAAGGGGAGCUGGGUGAGUGGGGUUAUGAAGGAGAACUAGGACCCCAGGGAAACAGAGGCCGGAAAGGAGACAAGGGGAAUAAAGGAAACCGAGGGCUCAUAGGGAUCACUGGAUACAUAGGAAUACCUGGAGCCAGAGGACAACUGGGCUACCCGGGAACAUCUGGACCUCCUGGAGACAUCGGUGGCAUUGGUUUUGUUGGAUCACCAGGCCCUCCUGGCAAAAUGGGGCCAAGAGGGCCAAAGGGGGUACCAGGAGUCAAUGGACCACCAGGCCAACCAGGUGAGCGAGGCCUAAGGGGACCACUCAGGCCUCAGGGAGAGCCAGGUCCUGAUGGGAUUGUUGGAUUCUCUGGCGUUCGUGGACCUCAGGGAAAAACAGGUGCAGAUGGGCCUACAGGUCCGAAAGGGGAUCCCGGUGACGCAGGUGAUGAGGGAAAUAUAGGAGAAUCAGGACUCUCUGGGCUUCACGGAGCCAAUGGCAAACCAGGAAAAACUGGACCCUCAGGUGACCCAGGGAUCAAAGCAUCUAAGAGAAGUGACAAGGGUGACCCAGGAUUUAAAGGGGACCAGGGUCGACCCGGGCCUCCAGGUAAAAGAGGCUUUAAAGGCAGAGGAGGAGCAUCAGGGCUGCUAGGUAAUGUUGGACCAGUGGGGCCCCCUGGAUUUCCUGGAACCACAGGUUAUGAUGGAAUCAUUGGGGAGAAUGGUAAGCAGGGAAAAGAUGGGCCAAAGGGUGGCAGAGGUCCUAGCGGUGGGCCAGGCGUUGUUGGACCUAGAGGUGAUAAGGGGCGAGAAGGUCGAGUAGGAUUUGCCGGUUUGCCAGGGCCUUUUGGAGAGAUGGGGAAGUCAGGAGAGAGAGGAGCUGAAGGAGAACCCGGUAUUAAGGGGAGGACUGGAAUUCCAGGAGUCACUGGACUGAAAGGGCUGAAGGGACUUCAAGGCUAUCUAGGAGGUAGGGGACUGGAUGGAACACAUGGACCCCCGGGACCCAUCGGAGGAACUGCAUCUGACGGGGAUACUGGAUCUACUGGACUAAGGGGAAUGGUGGGGAAGACUGGGGCACCAGGGAUUCAAGGUCCAGUUGGGAAGAGUGGGGAUUCUGGUGGUAGAGGGAUCACUGGUAAGCCAGGAAAGCCAGGAGUCAGGGGUGCCAAAGGUAAAGAGGGUCCGAACGGCCUUCUGGGAAAUCCUGGCCUGAAGGGAAACAGAGGUCAAGAAGGUUCGAAGGGGAAACGCGGAAGUCCAGGCGUGCAGGGAUUGACAGGGAUACAGGGAUACAGAGGAGCUCCUGGCAUAGCAGGCAAUAUAGGACCAUGGGGUGAGGUGGGCCUCCAAGGGCCAUCAGGGGACAAGGGGCCCCCAGGAUUAGUUGGGCCCCGUGGAGUUGUAGGUUACCCAGGUAAAGAUGGACCACAGGGAGGUAUUGGGCCAUUGGCAGACAAUGGGGAUAAGGGGUCCAGAGGAGCUAUCGGACAGAAGGGAGUUGCUGGUGUCGAUGGUGAGGAGGGCCCGACUGGAUUGUGGGGUCCAAUGGGGCCACCAGGACUGAAGGGGCUACCGGGUGAAAAGGGGAAGAUGGGCGUUCAGGGGGAAAGAGGUGGAAAGGGGAUCCAGGGAGACAGAGGCAACCACGGGCAACAAGGACCAAAGGGCCCACUGGGGAAAGAAGGAUACUUAGGGCCAUCAGGGGACAGAGGGAAAGAAGGAGCUUCAGGACUUAAGGGCCAGCCGGGCAUCAGAGGCCCUACAGGUCUCGCUGGGCGUUACGGACCAGGGGGCAACACCGGAAGAGGCCGUGCCAAGGGAGAGAAGGGGCUCCCCGGAACCACAGGGCCUCCUGGAAGGUUUGGGCCUACAGGCUUAGUUGGACCAAAAGGACCAACAGGUUUACCAGGAAAAAGAGGAGUCGAUGGAAAAAGUGGACUUGGUGGACUUAAGGGAGAUUAUGGGGAGAGGGGAAAGACUGGGGCUGGUGGUAUCAAAGGAGACCUGGGAUUGCAAGGUCCAAGGGGGAAGAAAGGAGAGUCUGGAACAGGAGGCAAAAUGGGGACAUUGGGAAAGAGGGGGUUCACUGGGUCUCCAGGAGGUAAAGGCAGAUCUGGGCCUGCUGGUGCCCCUGGAGAGAAAGGUGGUAAAGGAAUAGAAGGGCCAAAGGGAUUGCAUGGCAGCCCAGGAAAGAGGGGAGGCAGGGGAGUUAGAGGCAAACCAGGAGAAGAAGGCCCAUUGGGACCGGAUGGACCAGUUGGAAGAUCUGGAAAGCCAGGACUUGCUGGUUUGGAUGGAUUGCUGGGGGUUGAAGGAAAUGAAGGAGAUAAUGGUGAUAUUGGUUACAGAGGAACCCUUGGGAGGCCUGGUCUACCAGGGAAGAUGGGUCAAAGUGGACAACCUGGAUUGAGUGGUGGUCACGGAGCACCAGGGUCAAAGGGUAAUCUUGGAUCAAAAGGAAAACGAGGACCUGCAGGGCCAAUGGGGCCAAGGGGUAUGCCAGGGUUUGGAGGAGCAAAGGGGAAGUUUGGCCAGCAUGGAUCAAAGGGUCAGGCAGGCGGCAGAGGCCUGCAGGGACAUAUUGGACCACGAGGAAUCAAAGGGAAUCCAGGACUGCCGGGGAAUAACGGGCGGCUCGGCCCAAAAGGCAUACAGGGAGACAUUGGUCCUCGUGGUCCACCUGGGAAAAAGGGCUUCCCUGGUCUACCUGGUCUCUUUGGAAAUAGGGGAAUGAAGGGGAUACAAGGAAUGCCUGGAGUUAAGGGACUGAAAGGUGUGCGUGGACAACCAGGAAAACCAGGUCCUCCUGGCCGUCCAAGAAACAGGCGACCUGGAGCCCUUGGUAAAAGAAGAGGAUCCAAAAAACAAACACGGGCCAUGACCAGGAGAACGCUUACCUCACUGCCUGACCAGAACCCAAGCAGCUCCAUCAGCUGGCCUCAAGGCAGCAAAGACAGCCCUGCAACCACCUGCCACGAGCUGGGGCUGAUUCGUCCACACCUGCAGGAUGGACACUUUUACAUGGACCCUAACCAGGGCUGCCCAUUUGAUGCCGUGCAAGUCUUCUGUAACUUCACUGCAGGAGGGAUGACCUGUAUACCUCCUGUCCAGUCACAGAUAAUAGGAAAAUGGGAACCAGAAAAAAACAUGUCAAAAAAGUAUAUCCAGUGGUUUAGCCAGCUUGAUGGUGGCUAUAAGUCGGAGUAUGCUGGUCUUGAUGUGGUCCAGCUCCGAUUUCUACGGUUACACAGCCACUCUGCCUCUCAGCACCUGACCAUCGCCUGCCCGUUUAACCACAAUAGUAGAGAAAUCACGAAAAAUGCAACAAGCAGGGUUCUUCACUUUCUGGGUGACUCUGGUGGGGAGAUUGGUUCAAGCUAUAUGACAGUAUCGAAGAAUGGUUGUGAAGUGGAGGUGGAGGUACGAGUGAGGGGAAGCACAGAGAUCCACAGAGGGGACAUGGAGCUGCUGCCCCUCAGGGAUGUUCGUAUGGAGGGAAGGGGAGACCACUGGGACACAGACCUCAGAGCUGUCCUGGGACCUUUGUGCUUUUUGUAGCCUCAGCUUAUCCAUAGA